AGGCAAACUUUGUGUAAUUAUACACAACCUCUAAAUUUUUUCUUCAUCCAGACAUUAUUAUUUUUUUUUUUGUAGAAUAUAUGAGAAAAUAUCACAGUAAACUCUCCAUAGUAUAUUUUCUUUGCUCUCAAUGAUGUCCAUGUGACUGCUGUAGUGAGAAUGAGGACUCCGAGGGGAACAGCAUGGCUUUUGGACGCCAUUUGGCUUGUACAUUGUUUGGGACGUAGGCCAUGCUCGUAUCUUUCUGACCAAUCAGAUUCGUUCCUUCGGAGUCCAUCCUCCCGAGCACGACACUGUUUGGUCUCCUGGUUGUGGGCGUUCUUAUUUGAGCUUCAGCCAAUCAGGAUGGGUUUCUCCCUGCACGUUGCUCGCUCCCGACAGGAUCCUAGGCCGCUGCUGAUCAAACACAGUGUGAGCGCUACACUGAGCGGCGGCUCGGUUCUCGCGAACAGCGGCGUUUCGAGCGACAGACACAAGCGGCGUGUUGAAGUUCAUUUCAAUGGAGCACGACGGCGCUCACUUUGCCGAGUCUUAAGCGCUGCAGCAGCCCUCGCCACACACCACGACUGCAGAGAGUAGAGGAUCUGUCAGUAGGACCAAACAGAAUAUUGGGACAAGCCUGCGACCGUGACUUUGAACCUUCAGAGACGGGAACCUGUCGUCGCCGUGUACUUCAGACCCCCGUCUUCCGGCUCUGAUUGAAAAGGCUGCAUUUUUUUCCAAGGUCGGCCGAUCCAGCAGGAGUCCAGCACCAGCGGCUAGUGGACGCUGAAGUGUGUGGAGCCGGAGUGCGGCAGGCUCGGGCUCAGCAGAAGCUCUUCACUAUGGAUGUGGAUGAGGAGGAGAACAUGAGUUCCUGCAGCACCGACGUCAAGGAAAAUCGCAACCUGGACAACGUCUUCUCCAAGGAGGGGGCGAGCGUGCCCGAGCAGCUCCCCAACGGCAGCGGAGGGGGCGGGCGCAAACGCCCCCUGGAGGAGGGCAAUAACGGUCAUGCGCACCCCAAGUUCAGGCCCAAGAAACGCAAGAAAACGCCAGGGCCGGUUCUUCCCAAGAACGCUCUCAUGCAGCUGAAUGAGAUCAAGCCAGGCCUGCAGUACAAGCUGCUCUCUCAGACCGGGCCAGUCCAUGCUCCAGUCUUUGUCAUGACUGUAGAGGUGAACGGGCAGCUUUUUGAAGGCUCGGGCCCCACUAAGAAAAAGGCAAAGCUGAACGCAGCCGAGAAGGCACUACGCUCGUUCGUACAGUUUCCCAACGCUUCAGAGGCACAUCUGGCCAUGGGCCGAACGCUCACCGUCAACACGGACUUCACAUCAGACCAGGCCGACUUCCCUGACAUGCUCUUCAACGGCUUUGAGACUCCUGCACCACCCGAGGACUCCUUUUACCUGGGCUCUAACACCAACGGUUCCAUAAACCCUCUGGGAGAAUACCCAGUUCCCCCAGUGACUGGUAACAACAGCCUGGCUCAGGCCCCACUGCCUCCUCCCACGACCUUCAGCACAUCGUCCAGCGGAAAGAACCCCGUCAUGAUCCUGAACGAACUGCGGCCGGGCCUCAAGUAUGAGUUUGUGUCGGAGAGUGGUGAGAGCCACGCUAAAAACUUUGUCAUGUCCGUGACCGUGGACUCGCAGACGUUCGAGGGAUCAGGGAGGAAUAAGAAACUGGCCAAGGCGCGGGCUGCUCAGGCCGCACUCUCGGCUCUCUUCAACAUGCAGCUGGACCAGACACCAUCCCGCCAGCCAAUCCCCAGAGAGGGCCUUCAGCUCCACCUGCCCCAGGUUUUAGCAGAUGCUGUCUCACGUCUCGUGGUGGACAAGUUCAGCGAGCUCACCGACAACUUCACGUCCCCUCAUGCACGGAGGAAAGUGCUAGCUGGGGUUGUCAUGACAACAGGCACCGAUGUGAAGGAGGCCCAGGUGAUCUGCGUCUCCACUGGAACCAAGUGCAUCAACGGCGAGUACAUGAGCGACCGUGGCCUGGCACUUAACGACUGCCACGCUGAAAUCAUCGCCCGCCGCUCCCUUCUCCGCUACCUAUACAUGCAGCUGGAGUACUUCCUCAGUAACGGCAAAGAGGAGCACGAGAAGUCCAUUUUCACCCGCUGUGAGAAACACGGCUACCGGCUCAAGGACAACGUUCAGUUUCACCUGUACAUCAGCACGUCGCCAUGUGGAGACGCUCGCAUCUUCUCCCCACACGAGGCGGGCGUCGAAGAUCAGGGAGACAGACACCCGAACAGAAAAGCUCGGGGUCAGCUGAGAACUAAGAUCGAGUCGGGCGAGGGGACCAUCCCAGUGCGCUCCAGCAACACCAUCCAGACGUGGGACGGAGUUCUGCAGGGGGAGAGACUCCUCACCAUGUCGUGUAGUGACAAGAUCGCCAGGUGGAACGUGGUGGGGAUCCAGGGCUCGCUGAUGAGCUACUUCACUGAGCCCAUCUACUUCUCGAGCAUCAUCCUGGGCAGCCUGUACCACGCUGAUCAUCUCUCCCGGGCCAUGUACCAGCGCAUUGCAGACAUCGAACACCUACCCCAGCAGUUCACUCUCAACCGGCCCCUGCUCAGCGGAAUCAGUAACGCAGAAGCACGGCAGCCAGGAAAAGCUCCUAACUUCAGUGUGAACUGGGCGGUGGGUGACCAGGGGUUAGAGGUCAUUAACGCCACCACGGGUAAGGACGACAUGGGCCGGCCUUCUCGCCUCUGCAAGCAUGCUCUCUACAGCCGCUGGGUUCGACUGCACUCGAAGCUCUUGUCCACCUUGCGGAUCAAAAUGGCCAAACCGAGCUCGUACCACGAAGCCAAGCAGGCAGCAGUGGAGUAUCACGCCGCUAAGCAGACGCUCAUCAAGGCCUUCCAGAAAGCAGGAUUGGGGGCCUGGGUGAAAAAGCCUAUAGAACAGGACCAGUUUUCUCUGAGCUCCUGAAGAGGACGCAAGAGGGACAGAGCAGAGAUCUGAAUGACAUGACUACAACCAGCUGUUGAUACUGUGCGUGCGUGUGCGUGCGUGCGUGUGUGCGUGUGUGUGUGUGUGUGACUGUGUUGAUUUCCAGCCAAUCCACAGCCCUUUAGUCUCACUCACUUUGCUCUGAUCACCCAUCCUGUCAUUAACCUGAUUUUCAUUGGUAAUGUAGUCUGUUGUUUUUAACACAUGGCUGUGUUUGGGGUCCUGACAUCAACCCAGAGUGCAGAAUAGGAUACGGUGUUCUAUUUUACAACUGGAAAAAACAAAAUUUGUCACUUUAUUCCUGUUAAAUGGGUUAGGAUUGCCCGCAGCCCGUCGUGCUCACGUUUGGCGGCCUCAGCCGGACCUUGUAGUUUUAUGCCUAUCAUCACGCGUCUCAUAAUUCAAACGCCAUCACUGAAAAGCAUUCCUCUGUCUUUAACCAUCACCACUCUCUUUUGUUCUGUUUCUAUUUCUAAAUCCAGACUGCAUACUUUUACCUUUUAAUGUUUUUAAAAUAGCAGUAGUUUCUUUCCCCGUAUGACGUAGGAUUAAUGUGAAUUUAGUGAACAGCGUUUUUUUUUUCUUUUUCUCUUUUCUUUUCUUCUACAAGUCUUAUGGACUUGUGUCCUCCCCUUUAAAACUGACCUCUUUAUAAAUUUUUUUUUUCUUUUUUUUUCUUUUUUUUUUUUUUUAAACACGUUGGAAUCGAGCAUUCAAGUAAGCAUUCAAAAUGCAGCCAAAGUUCAUCAUUCUCAACUUUAUGCUUUCAGUCUCAGUAACAUCUCCGUCGCAUGUUUGUAUCGUGUGCUGCGGUGCACAUCACUCUGAACAGGUGCCCGAACUUUUCUUUUCCCUUUUUUGUUUUUUUUUGUUUGUUUGUUUGUUUGUUUGUUUUUUAGGGCAAAAUGUUGAAGACUUGAUGAUGAAGCUGCCUUCUUUUGACCAUUUUAGACGUUUAGGUACUUUUACAGAAUGAUGUCUCGUCUUUUUUUAAACUGCAUGGAGAACGCUUGCGUGUAAGGAGCUAGGUUUUUUGUAGCUAUCGUAGUGUCAGUCUGUUCAUUUGUAUUGAUCAUUGUAAAAGCAGAUGGUAGAAUAUGAUAACACGCUGCUUCCUGGUUGUGGAGAGGCAGUGUUUCUCAGUCGUGCACGUUUAUCGUCUAAAGCUGUCUCUCUGCAUGGAAAGAGUGGACGGUUUUCAGCGGUGACUUCGAAACAGCCCUCGUGGUUUUCAAUUGGGGCUUCUUUUUUUUUUUUUUUUUUUUUUCCUUUUUGUUUGUUCAUAAAAUAUUUCAGUGCCAAUUUUUGGGGGGUUUUUUUUCUUCUUCUUCUUUGGCACAAAUUGUCCAUAUUGCUGAAUUCUGCUGCAUCCCUGCUACUGAGGUUUGCCUUCUUUAUGCAAGAUUAGUUUCCUGCUGUUUUUAAGCUUGUGCACUCUGACUGAUGACCAACAAACAGCAGCAUGUUCAACUGAUCCUGAAGUCAUAUUAAUAGGGGCAUGAUUUCUCUAAUACUCUUUUGUUUUUAUGACCGUGGGUUUCUUUCCCAAGUUUGAAAGGAGCCUCGACGUUCUCGAGGCACGGACUAUGAUUUUCCCCUGUUUUCAAGGCAGCAGCUCCAUUUGAUGAAAGAGAAUAAGAAGGUCAUGGCUUUCUAUUAAAAUAGACGAGCCAGUGAAUAUAUUUCACUUUAAAUAGCUGUUUUUCACUUCUGGAAUGCAGCAUAGUCACAUGACCUCUUCAGCCCAAACACCACUGGACUUAUCUUACUCUCUCACAACUGUAUAGAGAGAUGGUGUUACAUUUAUGUGUGUGCGUGCGUGUGUGUGUGUGUGUGUGUGUGUGUGUGUGUGUGUGUGUGUGUGUGUGUGUGUGUGUGUGUGUGUACACCUGCUGCUGAGCCCAACCGGCACUCUGUCGAGAUGUCAUGGCAACAGGACUUGGAGAUUGCUGUUGAAUCUUCACCAAAGAUGAUGUCUCUUUCUUUUUGGUUGUUUUAAGGUGAAAAAAAAAACAAAAACAAAAUUAAACUUUAUUUUUUAAAAACCAUUACUAAUGCAACGUUCAGUGGGCAUCUUAUAACCGGUCAUCAAGGUUUUGUAUAUUCAUUUUAUUAAUAUAUUUUUAGUUAGUUUAACUGACUGUUUUGUGUUUUGCAAUGAUAUGAGAGCAGCUCCUUUCUCUGUGUUUCUGUACCCGUUAGUUUACAACUGUAAAUAUUGUGAACUUCUCUGUCGUUGCCAUGGACACACUGCAUAUAUUUCUGGUAGUUCGGAACGGAGUAUUUCUCCAUCACACGCGGGCGGGAAAAAAACAAACUUCGAUAACUUUUCUUUCUUUCUUUCUUUCUUUCUUUUAAUUAAAAGCAUUGUAAUGAUUUAUGUUCGACAGUGACAUUGUUUAUGUCCUAUUAGCUCAGCUGUUCUGACCCUGUACCUCAUACAGAGAUAUAUAGUGAGAAUGAAGAUGGUGUUCUUGGAAAACUCUGGAGUUGCCAGGUCUGUGUGACAACUAUUCAGUUGAGGUUUAUGUGUAGAACACUUUUUACAAUGGACAUUGUCUCAAAGCAACUUUACAGAAAUAUAUCAAUGCAGGAUAUCGAUUUUAAAUAUAUACGUUUAUCCUGAUACCAAAGCUCAGAACAUGACUUUCCUGCUAUUAAAGUCUGAAAUCAUAAUUACCACCGAUAACUAACGUUGUUUACGAGCGGCACACAAGGCGCUUGCGGCCUUAUAGUUCUGUUCAAUCCUGACCUCAGGUUACUGUCUGGAUUUUCACAUGUCCUCCCAGAGUCCAUAUCAGUUUCCUCCAGAGUCUCUGGUUUGACUCCCACCUACCAAAAACAUGCCAGUUGGUGGACUAAUGACUCUAAAUUGCCCCUAGGUUUGAAUGUGUGUGUGCAUGGUGCCCUGCAGUGGACUGGUAUACCAUCCAAGCUGUAUUCCACGACCAUGACCAGGAUAAAGCACACACAUAAUUAAUUAAUGAAUUAAUAUUGUUGUAUAAUUAAUACGGUUGGGGGUUGGAUUCCUGCCUCUGCCCUGUGUGUACACAGAGUCUGCAUGGUCUCCCCAUGCUUCAGGGGUUUCCUCCAGGUACUCCGGUUUCUGAUUGGAUUUCCAAAUUGUCCAUAGUGUGUGAACGGGUGUGUGAGUGUACCCUGUCAAGGGUGUCCCCCACCUUGUGCCCCAGGCUCCCUGCGACCCUGUGUAGGAUAACCAAUCUGGAAGAUGGAUGGAUGUUCAACCUAUUUUUUUUUUUUUAACAUCCAGGUCCGGGUGGUUUUGUACUGCUACAUAAAAUGUCCAAAGUAAUGAUUGCUAUGAGAAUGAGUAAUGCACGUCACUAAUGCACAAUAAACACAUCCGUACGGUAUAAAUAAUCUGUUUUUAUUUCAUAUUCUUAGCUAUUAGUUCUUUUCAAACACUCCUACAAAAAUAGUCAACCUUAAAGCAUCUCAAUUCUGCUGUAAAGCCACAGACCUGGCAACCAGUUGUUUUUGUUGUUGUUUUUAAUGAAAAUCAUAAUGUACUUCUAAGUGUUCCCUUAUUUUGUAGCCGUUUUUUUUUCUUUCCUUUUUCUUUUCAAUCAUAAGCCACUCAUCAUGCUUUCAUGCCUACCGUCUGUAGCGUACUGAUUGUCGAACCUGUACUUCACACACUUCUGUUGUUCUCUCUCUCUCAACUACCCAAGAUGUCAAUGGAUGAAGUCAUGAAUACAAUCACCAGUCCCAACCAAGGCAGGACUUUUUUCUUUUUUUUUUCUUUUUUUUUUUAUUGUUCUGGAACUGGACCACAUUUCAGUCGAGUCGUGACUCAGUGCUCUGGUUCUGGUCAGCCCUGUUCUGAGAGUGUUGUGAUUAGUUGACUGUACGGUGGGGUACAGUGGUGCUGUACACUGCCUCCUCCUGCGUGUCCUCUGUAAAAUCCAUACACGGGCCACCUGCAUGAGCUCCUCCACUGAAGCUGCACCCAGCAUGAUGACUAUAAAAGGACUUGUAUGUAGAAAAAAAAAACAAAAAAAAAAACAUAGAUCUAUAUAUAAAAAUAAAUAAAUAAAUAAACAAGAUAUUAGUUUACCUUUG